UUCCACGUCAGUGUGUUUACCAGGACCAGACUCACAGCUGUAGCCUGGAAGCUGCUCCCUUUACUCACUUAUGGGGCGUUUUUGAAUGAGUCCUGUCUGGAAGUAUAACAUUACCACGCGGUGGAAUGAGCAUUUUUUUGUUUGAGCUUAUCCUUUGGUCGUGUUGAACUGAACUUUGGUUUCCUUCAUUCACUUCGGCUAGCCUCCUAGCUCGGCGAGCAAGCCUAGCUUUAGCUGCAGCAGGACUCCAUCUUUGAAGUAGCAGCAGCACACAGAAAACCAGCAUGGUGGACAAGAAUAUCUACAUUGUCCAGGGUGAAAUUAGCACUGUUGUUGGAGCCAUAAAGAGGAAUUCCAGAUGGAAUACCCACAAUCCCUUGGAUGAAGAACAAGACCCAUUACUCCACAGCUUUGGUCAGCUCAAAGACAUACUCAACAACAUUAAAGAGCUAUCGGAUGUUGAACCCAACGUUUUUCUGAGGCCCUUUCUCGAAGUGGUCCGAUCAGAGGACACCACUGGACCAAUCACAGGCCUCGCUCUUACUUCUGUCAACAAAUUUCUUUCCUAUGGCCUUAUAGACUCUAACCAUGAAUCAGCAGCAGAGGCCAUUGAGAACAUGGCCGACGCAGUCACACAUGCUAGAUUUGUGGGCACGGACCCUGCCAGUGAUGAAGUCGUCCUUAUGAAAAUUCUCCAGGUCCUGAGAACUCUGCUGCUGACACCAGUUGGAGCCCAUCUGACCAAUGAGUCCGUUUGUGAGAUCAUGCAGUCCUGCUUCAGGAUCUGCUUUGAGAUGCGCCUAAGUGAGCUCCUCAGGAAGUCAGCUGAACAUACUCUGGUUGAAAUGGUACAGCUGCUGUUCUCCAGACUCCCACAGUUCAAAGAGGAGGCCAAGUGUUUUGUUGGUGCCAACAUGAAGAAGGCUUACAAUAUCUUGUGGAAAAACAAACGUGUGCAGCUGAAGAUGCGUGCCGGUGGAAUGAGUGAAUCAUCAAAAUGGAAGAAGCAGAAACGCUCGCCGAGGCCUCCUCGACACAUGGUUCGGAGUCCUUCCAGCCAGAUUGACCCAAGCCAACCUAACACUCUCAGUAACAACAACCUCUCAGGUGGUGUCCCAUUCAUUGAGCCAAGCUUGUCCAAUUCUAACCUUCCAGCCUCAGAUAGUGCUGGCUCAUCCAUUUCCAGCCCUACAACCACAGAUAGUGGUCUGGAUACCUGUUCAAAAGCCACCUCAAGAGAAGACCUGUCUGACCUGGAACAGUGUAGCUCAUCUGCCACCACCCCUAGUAUUGCUUCCACGCUCCCUCGUUCUGGCUCUCUGGAUGGACAGUGUGAGGAUGGGAAGGUUGGAACAGCUCAAUCGGUUUCAGUAGAGUCCAUCCCUGAGGUUUUAGAAGACAAGGACUCCAUUACAGAACAGUCAGAUAACGCCUCUGUCCAUGACAUGGACUACGUCAAUCCUCGAGGAGUCCGUUUCACACAGUCCACACAAAAAGAUGGAGCAUCCCUUAUCCCCUACGGCCUGCCAUGUCUGAGGGAGCUUUUUCGCUUUCUGAUCUCAUUGACCAACCCCCAUGAUCGCCAUAACACCGACACCAUGAUGCACAUGGGUCUGCAGCUGCUGACUGUAGCACUUGAGUCGGCACACAUUGCUAACUACCAGUCUUUACUAGUACUGGUCAAGGAUGAGCUUUGUAGACAUCUUUUUCAGCUGCUCAGUGUGGACCGUAUGAACCUAUACGCUUCCUCCAUACGAGCAUGCUUCUUGCUUUUCGAAAGCAUGAGAGGACAUCUGAAGUUUCAGCUGGAGAUGUACCUGAAGAAACUGAUGGACAUCAUCAUGUCAGAGAACAUUAAGAUGCCUUAUGAGAUGAAGGAGAUGGCUUUAGAGGCACUGGUUCAGCUCUGGAGGAUCCCAAGCUUUGUAACGGAGCUCUAUAUAAACUACGACUGUGACUUCUAUUGCUCCAAUCUGUUUGAGGACCUCACCAAGCUCCUGUCCAAGAACGCCUUCCCAGUGUCAGGCCAGCUGUACACGACCCACCUCUUGUCACUGGAAGCCCUACUUACAGUGAUUGACAGUACUGAAGCACACUGCCAGACCAAGGUGCUCAACAGCACUGCUCACCAAGAUCCGUCAGAUACACUUUUGGCAGAGGGUGAAGGUUCAACCAAAAACGGAACAGACUCUGCUACUGAUCUAAAUAGACUGGGUAGUACCAAUGUGCUGAGUCCACAAGCUGAAAAGGCGCCAGUGGGUCCACCAACUAGUGGAUAUCUAAUGGCAGAGAAGAUGAGACUGGGUCGACAGGAUCAAGGAGACAAUGAUGCUGCUGAGAAGAGGACUCUCAAAAAGCCUCAACGUUUCUCUUCAUGUUUACCCGAUUCUCAGGAGUUGAUGGAAAUUAGAACAAAGAAAAAGCUUCUAAUCACAGGCACAGAGCAGUUUAACCAGAAGCCUAAGAAGGGAAUCCAGUUCCUGCAGGAAAAAGGCCUGCUCAGUGACCCCAUGGACAACAACCAGGUGGCCCAGUGGCUCAGAGAAAACCCCCGAUUGGAUAAAAAAAUGAUUGGCGAGUGGAUCAGCGAUCGCAAGAACAUGGAACUCUUGGACAGCUUUGUGAACACAUUCACCUUCCAGGGUCUUCGUAUUGAUGAGGCCCUCCGUCUUUACCUGGAGGCCUUCAGACUACCAGGAGAGGCUCCUGUCAUUCAGAGACUCCUGGAAACUUUCACAGACAACUGGCAUAAAGUGAAUGGCUCUCCUUUCAUGACCAACGACGCAGGCUUCGCCUUGGCCUACGCUGUCAUAAUGCUCAACACUGACCAGCAUAAUCACAACGUCCGCAAGCAGAAUAUCCCCAUGACUGUCGAGCAAUUCAAGAAAAAUCUGAAGGGAGUAAAUGGAAACAAAGACUUUGACCAGGACAUGCUGGAGGAUAUCUACAAUGCUAUCAAGAACGAGGAGAUUGUGAUGCCAGAUGAGCAGACAGGUUUAGUGAAGGAGAACUACGUGUGGAGUGUGUUGCUACACCGCGGCGCAACACCAGAAGGUCUUUUCCUCCACCUGCCACCUGGCAGCUACGACCACGACUUGUUCACCAUGACCUGGGGUCCUACCAUUGCUGCCCUCUCCUAUGUCUUUGACAAGAGCCUAGAUGACAACAUCAUUCAGAAGGCCAUUGCCGGUUUCAGAAAAUGCGCAAUGAUAGCAGCUCACUAUGGCUUUAAUGAUGUGUUCGACAAUUUGAUCAUCUCCCUCUGCAAGUUCACCACUCUGAGUAGUGAGUCUGUGGAAAACCUUCCGACAGUAUUUGGCAGCAACAGUAAGGCACAGACAGCAGCCAAGACCGUGUUUGACCUUGCCCACCGGCAUGGCAACAUCCUGAGGGAGGGCUGGAAGAACAUCAUGGACUCCAUGCUGCAGCUGUUCAGAGCAGAGCUCCUGCCCAAAGCCAUGGUUGAGGUGGAGGAUUUUGUGGAGCCAAAUGGGAAAAUAUCUCUUCAAAGAGAGGAAACGCCAUCAAAUCGUGGUGAGUCAGCUGUGUUGAGUUUCGUCAACUGGCUGACACUGAGUGGAGCUGAGCAGUCAGGACUCCGAGGACCAUCCACAGAAAACCAGGAAGCCAAGCAGGCUGCCAUCCACUGCAUAAAGCAAUGUGACCCAGAGAAGCUGAUCACCGAGAGUAAAUUCCUGCAACUGGAAUCUCUCCAGGAGCUAAUGAAGGCUCUGAUAUCCGUCACUCCAGACGAAGAGACUUACGACGAAGAGGACGCUGCCUUUUGUUUAGAGAUGUUGCUGCGCAUUGUUCUGGAAAACAGAGACCGUGUGGUCUGUGUGUGGCAGACAGUACGUGACCACCUCUGCCACCUUUGCGUUCAUGCCAACGAGAGCUGCUUCCUGGUGGAAAGGGCUGUGGUGGGACUCCUUCGACUUGCAAUCCGCCUACUAAGACGAGAAGACAUUAGCUCUCAGAUUCUUCUCUCCCUGCGUCUCUUACUGAUGAUGAAACCUCAUGUCCUGUCCCGGGUCAGCAGGGAAGUGGCCUUCGGUCUUCAUGAGCUCUUAAAGACUAAUGCAGCCAACAUCCACUGUACAGAUGACUGGUACACGCUCUUCUCCUUGCUGGAGUGCAUUGGAGCCGGAGUGAAGCCUCCUGCCUCCUUCCAGCUCACCUCCACUUCUGCUGACACUGACACAGGUGCUCAGUCAGAUAGUGAGCUGUCAUCUCGUCAUCCCAGUGAAGUGAGUUUGGACCGGGGCUACACAUCUGACUCAGAAGUAUACACAGAGCACAACAAGACCAGGAUUCCUCGCUCCACAACUGAUGUGGAUGUGGCAAAUAGUGGAUGGCUUGUGGUUGGGAAAGAUGACCUGGAGUCAAGUAAGACCCAUCUAAUAAGCUGUAAAGCUCAACUCAAUCACCCCCUCGUCAACCAGUACAGUCUGACACUGGGUCAGGACCUGGGCCAGCACGAUACUAAAUCUCUGAUCAAAUGUGUGGAAACGCUGUCUUUCAUCGUCCGUGACGCUGCCCAUGUCACUCCAGACAACUUUGAACUCUGUGUCAGAGCUAUACGAGUGUUUGUGGAGGCCAGCCUCAAUGGAGGUUACCGGAACCAUGACAAGAAGAAGAGCCACAAGUACGACUCCUCCAAGUCCCGGCUGAGAAAGAAAGUAGGAGGGAAAGACAAGGACAAUGGAGGUGGUACGAGGCGAGGCAGCAGCCGGACAUCCAGCCACCGUCCAGCACGUUCCCACAGCGAUGAUGAGGAGGAGGAGGGUGUCCCAGCCAGCUACCACACUGUGUCAUUACAGGUUAGUCAGGAUCUAUUAGACCUGAUGCACACCCUGCACACCCGGGCAGCCAGCAUCUACAGCUCCUGGGCGGAGGAGCAGCGCCAUCUAGAGGCAUCAGGCAGGAAGAUCGAAGCUGACUCCCAGACUCUGUGGACCAGCUGCUGGUGCCCCCUCCUCCAAGGCAUUGCUUGGCUGUGUUGUGAUGCCAGGCGACAGGUUCGCAUGCAGGCCCUCACCUAUCUGCAGAGAGCCCUGCUUGUCCAUGACCUGCAGACUCUCGAUGCUACUGAGUGGGAGUCUUGCUUCAACAAGGUGCUUUUCCCUCUGCUGACUAAGCUGCUUGACAACAUCAGCCCAGCAGAUGUGGGCGGUAUGGAGGAGACCAGAAUGAGAGCCUGCACACUGCUGUCAAAGGUUUUUCUCCAGCAUCUGUCUCCUCUCCUGUCCCUGCCAACCUUUGCUGCCCUCUGGCUCACUAUUCUGGAUUUCAUGGACAAGUACAUGCACGCAGGGUCUAGUGACUUACUGCUGGAGGCCAUCCCCGAGUCUCUGAAGAACAUGCUGCUGGUUAUGGACACGGCAGGCAUAUUCCACAGUGCUGACUCCAGGACAGGAUACUCAGACCUGUGGGAAAUAACCUGGGAACGAAUCGUCUGCUUCCUGCCUAAUCUGAGGGAGGAGCUCUUCAAACAGACAGUCAUUCAGGAUCCAGUGCCCAGUCCCCCAGCAGAGCCCGCACAGCCGACACCCCCAGCAGGAAAGCCUCAGUCCCCUCAAGCGUCUCCACCACCUGCCCAGCCACCUUCUCCGGUUCCACUCAGCCCUGCAGAGGCUCUGACAUCCAGUCGGCCAGCAUCACCCCACGAGUCCCCAGCCAGUGCCAAUGGACCAGAUCGGUCAUCUCCAGUCCCUCCCUCCAUUCCUCCCAUGCCAGUGCAUGCAAUGUCUCCUGCCCAGGCUCCCUCACCCCUUAGCCAGUCCCCCCUCAUCCUGCAGCCCCUGGCCUCCCCCCUGCAGGUUGGGGUCCCGCCCAUGUCCCUGCCAAUCAUCCUGAACCCUGCCCUCAUCGAAGCCACUUCCCCUGUACCGCUGCUUCCCGGUCCCAGACCCACGAGUCCUUCUGACGAGGUCAAGUGAAAACCCAUCUGCCCCCCAGCCACACGUUUCAACGACUGGACCCAACUAUAACUUCAAGAGCAGCUUGUCACCAAGUCUGACACGAUGUUAUAUGUGUGAUGAGACGACUUGGACGAUGAUGGCACCUUCGACUUAAAGGAAGAAUUCCCCUCAACGUGUGACACUGUUUUAAAGACAUAGUUUGCUGGACCACCUUCUUUCCUUUUUGCCUUUUUUUGCCACCUUCUAUUUCCAGUGGUUAAAUAACGACAACAUGCCCAGAUAUGUGGCAACAAAACAUUCAGCAGAAAAAUCUAAUUCUGAUCAAAGUAUAGUGGGUUUGUAAAUAAAAAUGAGCAAAUCUGUAGCACUGACAGUGCUGUCAUUGUGUAAUCAAUAUUUUUGAGGGGCAAUUUGGGUGUGUUGAUAACCUGGGGACAGUUUGUUAUGUCACCUAUGAGCAAUUUAGUGGCUGAUUCCAGCACUUUUAGAAUCAGCAUGUUGGGUAUAUUUUAGACUAAUACAAUAACAACUGGAUUUCCCCACCAAUUUUAUUCUUGGCGAGGUGAGGAAGGCUUUAAAUUCUAAGUCUGGUGUUUUUUUUUCUUUUCUUUUUUUUUUUUACUAUCUUAAAAUCUCCUAAAAUGACCAAAAGCAGGAAUGGACUAAAAGAGUGGGACACUGAAGCUUUUAUCAACCAAAUGGGAGGAAAUGAUGCGGUGAAGUCAUACGACUCAUAGUGUGGUAUAACAGACUGGAUGUUAGGGUUUAGUCUAGGCUCCUCAGAUGAUACCCUACCCCAGGCAUUAACUUGACGAGACCAGGCUGACCUCACCGCUCUGCUCAUAUGCCUGUGCUUCGUAAUAAUCUAGAGAUUUAGCUGGGAAAGUAAAGAUUCGUACAAGUUAGGAGUUGUGCAUGUUGUUGAUUAGAGAAAAGCUGUCACUCCAGCCGGAUGUUCACAGAGCUGUUACUGAUAUCACAUCAUCGGGGAUCAGUGUCUGUUUCUGAAUUGUACAGAACGACAAAAUAAAUGACCUUAUUUAUAUAGCUGUCAGUUUUUUAUUUUAUGUUCGGUCAUGACCAUGCCACAGAGACAUUGCCUGUACUGAUUUCUUUUUUUCACGCAUAUUUGUGUACAAUGUUUGUGUAGCUUGAAUAAUCCCCAGAACCCCCUUCAUGGAAUGCUCUCCUAUUACAAGGAAAUCUACGGAAACCCAGAAGAACACUAAGUUAACACCACCAAUGCUUCAUGUUGAAAUCAGAUUACCACUGAUACCACUUUGUAGGAUCUGGGAAACCAUGUUAAAUUCUGGUGUUUAUUCUAUUUGCAGCGCAUGAUUUACAUUGAGUCAUUGGACAGAGAUCGCCUUCAUUCACCUUCAGUUUUUUGAAUCCUUAACGUCAUUUUUGCUCGUUCGAAGGCACCUCGGUUCAACUCAGGGGUGUCUUGAUCCGCUUUCUGUUUCCAGAGCUCUGUUCAAUAGGAAUCACCCGAGUUCAUGGGAACAGAGCGACGUUUCCUGAUGCAUAAAAAGUGUAGACGAGUUAAAGGAAGUUUGUGGUGAGCUUGCCAUUUUCUUUUUCACGUAGUGACCUCACACCAACUAUCUUUGUGUCUGCUCGUUGUUUGUGCUCAUAUGUUUGAGAUCAUGAGAUACCAAGGAGGGAAGCAGCAGUAAAAAUCACCACCACACCAAACCCACUGAUUGACUUCAGGGCCACUGCUUUCAAUCACCAAAACACCACAGUAGCAAAUCAUUCAGGUUUCAGAAUUCAGUAUUUCAUAUAUAUAUAUUCCUGCAGUGCUUAUUCAGUUGUGAUCAUAGUUCUUAAUCAGCUGCUGGACUUUGCUUCCCCAGAUGUGUGCUGACUUCUUUCUUGCAUGCCCUUUCUUGUGCCCUGUGGACCAAAACACGUAAUCUUGACAAAUUGAGUCGUGCAACAAUUAAUGCCAAACAGUGUCUUUGAGGUGUGUAGAUGUGGCCUAAAAGCUUCAGAUUUAUUCUAAAAGACCCUGGCAUUCUCUAAGUGGUGUUGAAUGUUAUUUAUUGAACUGGGUAAGAGGAGAUGGAUUUUGCUCUGCAGUACAGUAGUGUGUGUGUGUGUGUGUGUGUCAGUCAGUAACACUACAGCCUUUUAAAGCCAACAUGUAAGCUGUGGGUUUAGCUGUUGUACGGGACUCUUUAUCAGGAGCAGAUUCUUGCUUGAACAGGAAAGUAACGUGAAUAUAAUGUGUGUGUAUAUAUAUAAAUAUAUAUAAUUAAAUAACAUAAUUUUUACUAUGGAAUAAAUAUAAUCUAAAGAAGGUG